AGAACCUUUCCUGAUCUCCAACCUAAACCUGCCCUGGCACAGCUCCAGCCGUCCCCUGUCCCUGUCCCAGCAUCCUCCUUGGGAGGAGCUGCAGUGCUGCUGAACUCUGUCCUCGGUGUAAGGCAGUGAGAAAGAAGCGGUGGACAUGCCACAGGCUUUUUGUCAUCAGAACAGGGACAAAGAGAACAAUGGCAAUAAACACCGUGUGCGGGGAGCAAAGGCUGGUCCCGAUGACCUAAGUGGAAAUUGGGCAGCAGAGCAAUAAACACGCACGGGGCUCGUGAGGCUCAGCCGAGCCAUGGCCCGAGGCUGAUGGUGAGCUCAGGCCCUUGGCGUUUCCUUCCUCCAUGCCACACCAGUCGCUUCCUGCCAGCCCCGCGCUCCUCUCAGCCCUCCCUGCUGCGCUGCCAGCGCUCCCGGCUCUGCUUUGGGCUCAGCUCCCCGGAGCAGGGAGCGCUCGGGAGCGGAGUCCCCGGCCGGGGCAGCACAGGGGGCGGCCGGGCCGCUCCAGCCGCAGCCGACGAACGCCACCCGCCCGCCCGGGGCCGCGUUGCGGGCGCCCCGACACGACCGGGCACGGACCCGACGCGCCGGGGCUGGCCCGGCAGCGCAGCGGCACCGGCGGCAUGGAGCCCGCACGCACCAUGGCAGAGCUCAUCCGCACCUCGGCCGACGCCUACCUGCGCGGGGACAGCAUGGCGCGGCGCCCGCGCAGCAGCCGGGCCUGGCACUUCGUCCUGAGCGGGGUGCGGCGCGAGGCCGACGGCCGGGCCGGCGCGCGGGGCUGGGGCUACGACUCCGACGGCCAGCAGCACAGCGACUCGGAUUCGGAGCCAGAGUUCUCUUCCCUGUCUCCCUCCAUCCCGAGUGCCAUCCCUGUGACUGGAGAGUCCUACUGCAACUGUGAGAACCAGAGUGAAGCUCCCUACUGCUCCAGCCUGCACGCCCUGCACCGCGUCCGCGACUGCCGCUGCGGCGAGGAGGAUGAGUAUUUUGACUGGGUGUGGGAUGACCUGAACAAGUCAACGGCCACGCUGCUGACGUGUGACAACCGCAAGGUGAACUUCCACAUGGAGUACAGCUGUGGCACGGCCGCCAUCCGUGGCAACAAGGAGCUGGCAGAGGGCCAGCACUUCUGGGAGAUCAAGAUGACCUCCCCGGUGUAUGGCACUGACAUGAUGGUGGGGAUUGGGACAUCAGAUGUGAACCUGGACAAGUACCGCCACACCUUCUGCAGCCUGCUGGGCAAGGACGAGGACAGCUGGGGACUCUCUUACACAGGACUGCUGCACCACAAGGGGGACAAAACAAACUUCUCCUCGAGGUUUGGCCAAGGCUCCAUUAUUGGGGUGCAUUUGGACACGUGGCACGGGACACUCACGUUCUUCAAGAACCGCAAGUGCAUAGGGGUGGCAGCCACAAAGCUGCAGAACAAGAAGUUUUACCCCAUGGUGUGCUCGACGGCGGCCAAGAGCAGCAUGAAGGUGAUCCGGUCCUGCGCCAGCCGCACGUCCCUGCAGUACCUGUGCUGCUUCCGCCUGCGCCAGCUCCUGCCCGACUACGUGGACACGCUGGACGUGCUGCCCCUGCCCCCGGGACUCAAGCAGGUGCUGCACAACAAACUGGGCUGGGUCUUGAGCAUGAACUAUAGCACAUCGAAGCCUUCCUCCUCCUCGUCCUCGGGGAGCGACUCGGACAGCUCGUGUGGCUCGGAUGCGGAGGCCUGCCAAAGGAAGAGGUGCAGGAGGACAUAAUGGCUCUGCACACCACGUGGGUGGGGGAGUGUUGUGCUGUCUGCAAGGGCCAGUCAAGCCUGAUGUACCUCUUCCUUCUGGGGACAUCAGUUUCUAUGUGUUGGCAAAGAUUUCUCCAGUGCUGUGCAAAUCUUUGGCCUCGACAUCCAUCACAAGCAUUUAGAAGAGCUGCUGGCUCCAAGAGAUGCCAGCUCUGACACAAGAAAUUUGUGGUGAAAUAUCUGAGCUUCAUCUCCUGACUUGCUAUGGAAGCCAGCACCUCUUCCCGAGGGAUCUCUUCUCCCUGUUGGCACAGACAACAUUUAAGAAAUUGGACUUGAUGACAGGAGCUGGACUUGAUAAUCUUCAUGGAUCCCUUCCAACUCAGGAUGUUUGGGCAGUCUCCUGGUUGGAGUGCACUGAACUCCAGUCAGAGACCGGACCUGACUCACUGAGACACAAUCCCAGGCCCAUCCUCUCCUCUCUGUGUGUGUAGGUUUGGUGUCUGCCAUGACCUCGUCCUGCUCUGGGGCACGAUGGAGCAGCAGCUGCAGGGAAAGGGCCCCCAGCGACACUGCUGGGAGCAGGUACAGGAGCUGAGCUGUGGCUGGUGUUCUUCAAGCCCCUGGGGCCUUUUAAUUGCUUUGCAUGUUGGUUUCUGCUGCUUCUCCUCUGUCCAAGACUGUGUUAAACUGUAAUAAUAAACGUAGAAGCUGUC